AUUUUGAAAGAAUUUGUCUGACAAUUCGAUAGUGUUUUGUCUGCUUGAUGAAUUACCAUGGAGGCUAGAGCACAGUCUUUUUUGUCCAGCAUGCUUCGGAAUGGUUCAGCCAACUCUUCUGAGGGAGACAAUGAAGCUCAUUCAGCCUUUACACAGACUGAGCACAACAUAGUUGCAGCUUACUUAAUAACAGCAGGAGUGAUAAGCAUUUUCAGUAACAUUGUUGUGUUAGGCAUCUUUGUUAAGUACAAAGAGCUUCGAACAGCAACCAACGCAAUUAUUAUCAAUUUGGCUUUUACUGACAUUGGUGUCAGUGGCAUCGGUUACCCUAUGUCUGCUGCUUCAGACCUACAUGGAAGUUGGAAAUUUGGAUAUACUGGAUGCCAGAUCUAUGCUGCCUUAAAUAUCUUUUUUGGAAUGGCAAGCAUUGGUUUGCUUACUGUUGUUGCAGUUGACCGUUAUCUGACAAUCUGCAGGCCUGAUAUAGGAAGGAGAAUGACUGCCCGUAACUAUGCCACUCUGAUCAUUGCUGCUUGGAUAAAUGCAGUCUUUUGGGCCUCCAUGCCUGCUGUAGGCUGGGCUAGCUACGCUCCUGAUCCAACUGGAGCAACGUGCACAGUAAACUGGAGGAAAAAUGAUCCGUCCUUUGUUUCCUACACAAUGAGUGUAAUUGCUGUUAAUUUUGUUGUACCCCUAGCAGUCAUGUUUUACUGUUACUACAAUGUUUCCAGGAGGAUGAAACACUAUGCAGCCAAUAACUGCUUGGAGAGCAUCAAUAUUGACUGGUCUGACCAAGUAGAUGUAACAAAGAUGUCCAUUGUGAUGAUUGUGAUGUUUUUGGUGGCAUGGUCUCCAUAUUCCAUUGUGUGUUUAUGGUCUUCCUUUGGAGACCCAAAGAAAAUUUCUCCUGUGAUGGCUAUUAUAGCUCCUCUGUUUGCAAAGUCUUCCACAUUCUAUAAUCCCUGCAUUUAUGUAGUUGCAAACAAGAAGUUUCGAAGGGCAAUCCUGGCAAUGGUGCGAUGUCAGAGACGACAAGAGAUAACUAUAAACAAUGCCUUGCCCAUGAGCGUGUCUCGGAACACACUGACAUCGUAAAACUUCCUUCAUUUGCCUGGAUAUGUUGAAUAGAAAGGAGUCAAACCCGGGUCACAGUUAUUUGUUUGGUAUAGUAAUCUGCCUCAUCCAGCCAGCUGCUUCCUGCUAUUCACAAUCAUGUUUUAGAUGAUUUAAAAACAAAA